UGUUUAGUGUGUCGAUUCUAUCAAGUGAUAACUUGAUAUUCUAAACACAUUUACAAUCUCAGCAGGGAUGAAUUAUGAAUUGUUCCAUAUUCAUGAUUAUGGGCGGAUCUAUAGCGUCGCUGCAAGUGUGUAAAAGACUUCAGUGAAAGUAAAAUUAACAGAUGAACAGGAAGCUUCAUCAAAGAGCAUUUCAUUUCAGUAACUCUGAAAUCAACAACUAGAUCUGAUAUUCACUCACAGUCAUGGCAUCCUCCAGUGGUCCAGCACUAAAUGAGGAGCUCCAGUGCUCCAUCUGUCUGGAAGUGUUCACUGAUCCAGUCACCACUUCAUGUGGACACACCUUCUGCAGUACCUGCCUGAGCAAGUGCUGGACAAGCUCUCGGAACUGCUUCUGUCCAUUCUGUAACGAAAGAUUCAGCAGAAGACCUAAUCUCAAGAUUAAUACAACACUCAGAGAGGUUGUGCAAUACUUUAAGAAGAAACGCAAACGAGAAGAAUCUGAGGUGUUCUGCGACAUCUGUGAUGGAAGAAAGGAGAAAGCUCUGAUGUCCUGCCUGACGUGUCAAAGCUCUUACUGUGAUGAUCAUCUGGAGCCUCAUCUCAGAGUCCCACGGCUAAUGAAACACACACUGAUCAACGCUGUUGAAAAUCUGGAGGAUUAUAUAUGCCAGAAACACGAGAGACCUCUGGAGAUGUUCUGCAGAGAUGAUCAGACGACUGUUUGUCUGUCCUGCACUGAAGGAGAACACAGGACUCACAACACUGUUCCUAUAGAGGAGGAGAGUCGAGACAAGAAGAUUAAUCUGGCUAAGAGACAUACUGACAUUUAUCAGAUGAUCCAGGACAGAAUGGAGAAGAUUCAAGAGAUCCAGGACUCAGUAGAGCUGAGAAAGAAGAACAUGGAGAAAGAGAAAUCCUCCAGUGUUGAGCUCUUCACUGAUCUGAUCUGCUCCUUUGAGAGAUGUCAGUCUGAGCUUCUGAAGAUGAUGGAGAAACAGCAAAAAGCAGCAGAGAAACAGGGUGAAGAUCUAAUUAAAGAGCUAGAGCAGGAAAUCACUGAGCUGAAGAAGAGAAACACUGAGCUGGAGCAGAUCUCACACAUUGACGAUCAUUUUCAAGUCAUACAGAUGUGGUUAUCCCUGUCCAUUCGUCCACACACCAAGAACUGGACUGAGAUCAGGAUUGACUCUGAUGCGAAUGUGAACUUGCUGUAUAGAGCUGUGACUCUACUGAAGAAAACUCAAGGGACACUAAUUGAAAAACUCAGUCAAACUGGGUUGAAGUGUGUACAGAAGUAUGCAGUGGAAGUGACUCUGGAUCCUGAUACAGCAAAUCCAUAUCUCAUCCUGUCUGAUGAUGGAAAACAAGUCAGUCAUGGAAACAUUAACCAGAAUGUCCCAAAAAACCCAAAGAGAUUUGAGAGUCUUUGUAUUCUGGCAAAAGAGGGAUUCAGUUCAGGGAGAUUUUACUAUGAGGUGCAGGUGAAGGGAAAGACUGAGUGGGAUUUAGGAGUGGCCAGAGAAUCUAUUAACAGGAAGGGGUCAAUCACACUGAGUCCUGAUAAUGGAUACUGGACUGUGAUUCUGAGGAAUGAGAAUCAAUAUAUAGCUGCUGAUAAUCUAUCUGUCCCUUUAUCUCUGAGAGCGAAACCUGAGAAGGUGGGAGUGUUUGUGGAUUAUGAGGAGGGUCUGGUCUCUUUUUAUGACGUGGACUCCAGAUCUCAUAUCUACUCUUUCACUAGUCAGACUUUCACUGACAAACUCUAUCCAUUUUUUGGCCCAUGCCAUAAUGAUAAAGGUAAGAACUCAAACCCACUUAUCAUCACACCUGUCAACUGAGACAAACAAAUAAAUAAAAUAAAAUCUGAAAAGAUUUCUAUUUUUAGAAUAUGUAAAUUGAGUGGAGUUUGGGUUCCUUGCCGCUGUCGCCUUUAGCUUGCUUAGUUGG